AUGACCAGCAAAACCACUCUCAACUUACUAGAGGCCUCUAUCAGCGACCUCAAACAGUUGCUUGACAACCGUGCCAUCACAAGUGUUGAACUUGUCGCUCUUUACUUGCAUCGCAUCGGCAAAUAUGACUGCCGCGGUCCUUGUCUCAACUCAAUCACUCUCAUCAACCCAGAUGUCUUCGCUGAAGCACAGGCUUCAGAUGAGUACCGUGCAUCUGGAAACCCGCCACGCCCCUUAGAGGGUAUCCCCUUUACUGUCAAAGACAGCUACAAGGUCAAAGGCAUGACUGUGGCAGCUGCAUCACCUGCCUUUGAGAAGCUCGAAGCUACCUCAGACGCUGCCAUUGUCGAGCUACUUCGCAAAGCAGGUGCUGUGGUGCUUGGAAAGACCAACAUGCCCCCGAUGGCUGACGGUGGCUGUCAACGUGGAUUGUACGGACGGUCGGAGAGUCCAUAUAAUCAGAAGUAUAUGCCCACUGCUUAUGCAUCUGGUUCCUCGUAUGGCUGUGGUGUGUCUACCACCGCGAGUCUGGCUGCAUUUGGCUUUGCUGGAGAAGCGGUCACUUCAGGUCGCUCUCCAGCAUCCAAUAAUGCACUGGUUGGCUAUGCACCGUCCCGUAGUGUUAUUCCUCCCCGAGGGCUAUGGCCUUUGUACCCAACUUGUGACCAGGUUGUUCCUCACACAAGGACUAUGGAUGAUCUGUUUCAUGUUCUCAAUGCUGUUGUUGCGGACGAUGGCGCUGCCAGCGACGCUGACUUUUGGCGUUCACAACCAUACGUAUCACUCCCAAAGGCCAGCGAGAUACGACCGGUUGACUAUCUCACCUUAGCCGACCCAGGCGCCCUUCGAAACAAGCGACUGGCUGUCCCUCGAUGUUUCAUCGGAGUUGAGGGAGCCAAGCCGGAAAACGCAUGCUCCGUGGGCGUCCGGGCCCUAUGGGAGAGGGCGCGAGCAGACAUCGAGAAGCUAGGCGCCACCAUCAUUGAGACUGAUUUUCCGCUUUUCGAGAACUAUACGAGACAGGACUCUCCGGGCCAGAGCAUGAAUGUUACCAAUCUACCAGAGGAAUGGCCAGGGCUCGAGCGGUGUGAGAUGAUCGCCUUGAGUUGGAACAGCUUCCUCCGCGGCAACGGCGAUAAGGAUAUACCAAGCUUCAUAUCUGGAGUUGAGCUUGACAAGAUUCACCCUCAUAUUGCCCCUAUGGAUGAUCCCUCUCAGCACACCGAGUCCCAGAAUCAGGUUCGCUACGAGGACAUGGUCGCUGCAGUCAAGAGAUGGGGAGAUAAGAGCCUCGCUGACCUGCCCGGCUGUCGGGAGGCGCUCCAAGCCUUGGAGGCGAUGCGGAAGAAGGAUUUGGAGGAUUGGAUGGUUGAGAAUAACUACGAUGCCGUAGUGUUCCCGACCAAUGGAGAUGUCGCGCUCGCUGAUUCGGAUGAAAGCUACGAAUCGAUGAUGUCUGCACUACGUGAUGGAGUCAAGUAUGCAAAUGGUGGCCGGUCGCUGAAGCAUCUUGGGGUUCCAUGUAUAACUGUGCCUAUGGGGACUCUUGCCGAGGAGAAGAUGCCCGUUGGACUGUCGUUCAGUGGUAGAGCUUAUGACGAUUCUAACUUACUGAGCUAUGCCUAUGCCUACGAGAGAGCCACCAAACGUCGGGAGAUUCCCCCUUUGGCUCCUUCACUGCCUUCAGAUGAAAUUCCCAUUACUCGCCCAAGUCUUGCAUCUCCCGCUAGGCCAAAACCAACUAUCGACAUAGCAUCGAUUACAUCUGUCAACGAGGACUCACCUGACUUAGAUGUUCGGGUAGUCAAGGUGACGGGAACUUGCUAUUUACCAGGCUCAAAUGGCCCCUCGAUCAGCUUAGACGUCUUUGCUAAUGGUCAGCCAACGUCACCUGUUAACUGGACGGGAAAUAACUGGGUGUGGACAGGUCGGCUCACUCGACCUAGGCGUGACGAUAAGUACCCGCCUCUGGCGAAGGUUCCAAGGGAUCAGUUCCUUCUUGUGUUCAUUGCCAAGGCAGAUUCUGAACGCUCUGCUGGUUCUUUUACCUUGCUUGACUAA